AUGCGGCUCGGGCGCUUCUUCUUCUCCUUGUCGGUGCCGCCGGAGAGGGAGCUCCGGCCGGGGACGGAGCAGGAGCAGGAGCAGCAGGCCAACUCCAUUCUUCGUCUCUGGCUUUUCGGGGGAAAGACAACCGUUGCGGGGUGGGAGAAUGGCGGGGUUUGGGUCUUCAAGAACGGGGUGUACCGUUUGGUCGAGAACCCGCAGGCAGACGCACAGGCGAGGAAGGUGCUGGUGCACUUGCCGAGCGGGGAGGUGAUAUCUUCCUACUCUUCGCUGGAGCAAAUUUUGAGGGGAUUGGGAUGGGAGAGGUACCACGGCGGCGGAGACGCCGGCCUCAUACGGUUCCACAAGCACAACUCCAACGACCUCAUCUGUAUCCCCCGCGACUUUUCCAAGUUCAACUCCGUCCACAUGUUCGACAUUGUCGUCAAGAACCCCAACAUCUUCCACGUCCGGGACCGCUCUUGAUUUGUCGCUGCAGUGAGGCCCUAUUUAUGCGUCUGGCAUCUGGGUGCCUGUGCUCUCUCGAGUUGGUCUCCUGCUUUGAUAAUCAUGUGUCAUAGAUGUUUCCCUUUCCACGCUCGUAUGUGUUUCUCGUCAUAUUCUCAGUCUUUCCUUAAGUCCAUUUGUGGGUGCUUAGAGUGCAGGGUUUCCAGUGAGAUUUUGUUCUCCAUCUAUUGUCCUUUGUUACUUCUGAAUAAUAUUGUGAGUGAUAGUGCUAUAAUAUACCCUCUUUUUGUCUCAUUCUA